AUGAGCCUAGCAAAACUAGACGACCUCCCUGAGGAUAUCCUCGUCCUCAUCUUUCCUCUCCUUGAUGUGUCGGACUUCCUUGCACUAUGCAGCGUGAACAAGUUCUUCCACGAGGCGUUUCUGAAGAACCCUGAGUUCUGGCGAGAGGUUACUACGAAGACCUUUCGAGUUCCUGUUCAGCCUCUUCUACGUGCAAAUGGACCGCGAUGGUACUGGCUGUAUAAAAACCUCCGCACGCAAACAAAAGUCUAUGAAUGGGGGGGAUCUGGUCCCGCGUUGAAACAUUCAUUGAACAAAUCAUGGCCUUCAAAAUCUUUAACGUCAGCUAAGAUAGGAAACAUCGUUGAUUUGCAAUGCGGGGGCUGGUCAUCUUCGUGCUUAACUUCGGACGGUGAGCUCUACCUCACUGGCCGCAUAGACGGGCUACAGUAUGAUUAUGCCGAUCCAACUGGCUACAAACGCCUCUCUUUUGACGAGAGAUACCCUGCAACCUCUGCAGAUUCAUACCAGAAAUCAACAGCCAUUAAGCAGUUCUCCUCCGGCAGACGUCACAUCCUCGCGUUAUCAGAUGAGGGGAUGAUAUGGAGCUGGUUUCACCGGGACCACAAUGCCAGACUUGUUGAGCUUUCUUGCGCCAGAACGAUUCUAAACUCGCAAGAUCCUUCCACCCCAGGGACCAUCACAAAAGUCGUUGCAGGAUGGGAUAUAAAUUCAGCCUUUAUCACUGGAACAGGAAUUGUUUAUUGGAAGAUCCACGGACCGCAUUCUGGGCAAGCUGACCCUGUUCUAUUAAUGGUUACUGGUGAAAUUGUACCAGGUACCGCUUUUCAACGCUCAAAAUCCAACAGAAACCGGACGGAGGACGAUGAGGAUGCCGGAUUGGGUGAGGUUGUUAAUUAUAUAGUGCUCGAGGCACAUAUUGUUUUCAUUACAGACCUGAAUAAGGUGUAUGCAAUGGAAGCGGAUAGUAGGCGUAUGGUGGAAUUGUCCAAGUUCAGCGCGCCAGGGAGAAUAUUACAGGAUGUCCAGGGGGCUUUUCGCAAUUUCGCCAUCUUCACAUCGACGGGAGAGGUUAUGGUAGGGAACAACGACCUUAUCCAUGAUGCGUUUAAUCAUGUCGAUGACCCAGCCAAUGCCUCAUCUCCACAGCUUCCAGCAGGGUUACAACACAAUGACGUGAUAUCUAUUUCAUUUGGCGAUUAUCACUAUACUGCACUCCACGCCAAUGGCAAGGUCUCUAGCUAUGGAAGAGAGCCUCGAGGUUGUGGUGCACUUGGUCUAGGAAGUUACCAAGGAGGUAUUCCUUUCCGAGGCCUUACUUUGGACGGCGAGAACCGUCGGUUUAGUGACGUGUACUAUUUACCAUAUGCCGAAGAUAAACGGCACAACGUCUGGUUUGAACCUGAGAAACAGAAAUGGCUUAAACACUUGACUGAUGAAGCUGCACCCAGAGAUGGUAGUUCGGACUGGCUUACGCCGCUGACGGAGAAUCGCCAGGGGCUUAUGGAGGAAUACAGUACUUGUGUGGAAAGGGCAGGGGAUAACUGGGACAACUACCCAGACAUUAAAGCUGAGGACCCAGAUGGCCUAGGUGCAUAUUUCGCGCUCAGCGUCGCAUCUGCCGGAUGGCAAAAUGUUGCUCUCGUGCUUGUGAACCAAGACCUGGCCGACAAGGUUAAACGGAAACACCUGAUUAAUGCUACGGGUAGUAAUAGUAGUAAAGAUCGUCCAAAGUACAAAUGGGAGCUUCAAACCUACCCUCCCUUACCAACUGAUGACCAUGGGAAGAUCGAUUUUAGCAUGUAUGACUUUGAUACCUGGGUUUAUGGCUUACCUCCACUUGAAGAUGACAGCAAGGGCCGGCUUGCUAUGAAUCAAUGA